GUAUUUCCGGCGAGUGCUAUAGUGAAUAAGUGUGUCCUGAUUCACUCUCAAAUCUGCAGAGGUUCGUUUGUGACUCUAAACGUUAAAAAAAAAUCUGAUGUAACCCGCUUUAAUCCGCGUUAUUUCUGCUGCAACGCUUCAGUUAACACGGGGAGACUAUAUUCAAGCUGCAAGUCCGACCCGAGUGUGUAUACCCGAAGAGGGGGAGAAUGUUCUGCGCCCCAUAAUGGGUGGUAGCGGGUCUAAAGGUAAAGGAUACUGGCCGUUCUCUGGUUCGGGUGGCAGCGAUGAACCUGCCAAAGAGGGCCAAGAGCAAAGCCUGGCCAGGGUGCGGAGCAUCCGAAAUGCGACGCCUUUCGUGUUUACCAGGAGGAGCUCUUUGUACUUUGAUGAAGACGGCGACCUGGCUCACGAGUUCUACGAAGAAACGGUAGUAACUAAAAACGGUCGUAAGAAAGCCAAACUAAAACAAAUCCACAAGAAUCUCAUACCUCAGGGAAUCAUAAAGUUGGAUCACCCUUGUAUCCACGUUGAUUUUCCGGUCGUCAUCUGUGAGGCUUGACGCCAUUGGUCGCCUCUUGCGAAGAUUCCGUCCUUUCUCAUUUUCCUCCCAACUGCCGGAUCCUGGACACGUUUGCUGUGUGGUGCCCCCAUGUGUUUAGGAGGGCUCUAUGCAUGUUGUGUGGAAUCCCGGCAAACAGACCGCGAGAUAUUCCGGCUGUCUGCCUGAGAAGAGGCCAUGGCCUGACAAUGAUGUCCUGACUCUUUCAAUCUCUUGUAAUCUGCCACAUGUAUGUCUUGAAGACUAUUAUAUUGUGGGCUGUAUGGCCAAGACACUAAUUGUGGUUUGUAUAUGUGUGUAUGAGUGUUUGUUUGACUGAUAUAUGUGGUCAUAGAAGUAGAGAAUAUUUAGCAUUGUUUGACUUUAUCAGGAGCCGAUCAUGAAGGACUGAAGAGGAGCACCUAAGAAGCUUUGGAAUUUCUCUUGGAAUUCCAUUUGGAAUUUUGACGAUGUUUUAGAAGCCAACUUAAAGAUCAUGUUGUAUCUGAAUGCUUUAAUCGAUGGGCAUUGCUUAAGCAAAGCUUCAAAGGUCGUCCGGACGCAAUGUUCGUAGAGGUAAUGCAGUUAGGGUUAGUACAUUUUAAACUACAGCCUGAAAUUUUGCAUGUAGUCCCUUUAAACCUGAAUCUGCUUUCUUUUCAGCCAGUAGGGGAGAAUCAAUGGCUGUUUACCAUGCUGUGAUUUGUUAUUGCUGCCGCUCCUUGAUUGGAUGAUUGAGUCACUGAGUGACAUAGCGCUGCCAAUCACUGAGAAGCCCCGCCCCCUCUCACUUGAGUGGCAGUCUUUAUUUAUUACUGUUAAAAUAAGGCAUUAAAAAAAAAAACACCUCUAAA